UGAACACAUGCUGCGCGGUUAAAACUGCCCGUAGCUGUAGCAUUACUCCAGUCCCACUCCCACCUCACCACAGUCCACAGCCCAAGCCCCAAUGUUCCCCUUCUCCUCCGAUCAGUGAGACUAGCGCGGCCGGGUUGCCUCCUCGCCCGCCAUGGUGAAGCUACGCUCUCAGAGUCAGAGAGACACCGGGGAAAUGGUGCCGCCGGACGUAGCCGCCUUCGAGUUCUACAGGUUCUUGUCCUACGGAAUCUCCUGGGAGAAACUGGUUCUUCCUGACAAGUUCGCGAGCGAGCUCAUCGGCCGUGAGCUCCGGGAGAUGAAGCUGCGGGUGGCCGGCAGCGGAGGGCGGCGCGCGUGGGACGUGGAGGUCAACGUCAACGAGUACGGCGACAUGUACCUCGGUCGCGGCUGGCGGGAGUUCGUCAGUGCCAAUGGCCUGGAGCUCGGGCAGCUUCUCGUCUUCCGAUACGACGGCGCUGCGCUGCUCUCCGUCACAGUCUUCGAGGAAUCAGAGUGCCGGAGACCCUGCCAGCAGCAGGAGGAGGAGGAGGAGCAGGAGGAAGAGGAGGACGACGACGACGAUAGCGACGAGGAGGAGGAGGAGGACGACGACAACGAGGAGGAGGAGGACGACGACGACAACGAGGACGAUGACGAUGACGACUACGACUACGAGGGCGCAGAAGGGAAUUCUCCGCCGGUGACGCCGGCGCGGGCGCCGACAGGCAGUGGAAGCAGCCGCAGAGGCACGGCGGAGGCGGGCACCGACCCGGAGUCGUCGCAGUUCAGCGUGAUGCUAAGAAAGUGCCACCUUGGCAAGGAUCGGCAGCAGUACCUGAAUGUGCCUGCGUAUUUCCAUGAGGCCCACGGGUACGUGGAGAGGAGCAAGGUGGUGCUGCAGAUGCGCGGGGAGUCGUGGACCGUAACCCUCAAGCACGGCCGCGGGGGGAAACGCACCGAGUUCAGGUACGGAUGGCACCAGUUCUGCGUCGACAACGGCCUCGGCCUCGGCGACACCUGCUUCUUCCAUGCUCUCCCGGAGGGCUCAGGCCGCCGCGGUGAGGACCACGUGCUCAGGGUUGAGGUGCGCAAGCAAGAAGGCACCAUUCUCCCGUGAGUUGUCCGUGCUCUCAUUAUCGCCUGGCCCCAGGCAAUGAUACCAAAAAAAAAGCAGAUUUAGUUUGUCAUGCAAAAUGCAAAUAUGCAAGAGAAGUAGUGUCGAUCAACUGGAUGUAUCUUUAUGUAAUGGAGAAUAAGUUGUAGAAUUGAUGUAUUUUUUUUGACAAAAGGCAUUUCAUUAC